CGGCCCCGGCCCAGCGCAGCCCAAGAUGGCGGCGGGCGGCGCGGGGGCCGCGGCCGGGCCCGGCUGGGAUGUGGCCGUGCGGCCGCUGCUCUCCGCGUCCUACUCGGCUUUCGACAUGAAGGAGCUGCCGCAGCUGCUCGCCUCGGUCAUCGAGAGUGAAUCUGAAAUCCUGCACCACGACAAACAAUAUGAGCCUUUUUACUCCUCCUUCGUUGCACUUUCCACACACUACAUUACUACUGUGUGUGGUCUAAUACCAAGAAACCAACUGCAGUCGGUGGCAGCUGCUUGUAAAGUCCUCAUUGAAUUCUCCCUGCUGCGGCUUGAGAACCCAGAUGAGGCAUGUGCUGUGUCACAGAAACACCUCAUUCUGCUGAUAAAGGGACUGUGCACGGGCUGCAGCCGCCUGGACCGGACAGAAAUUAUCACCUUCACAGCAAUGAUGAAAUCAGCCAAGCUGCCUCAGACUGUCAAAACCCUCUCUGAUGUUGAGGACCAGAAGGAACUGGCCUCCCCGGUGAGCCCAGAGCUGAGACAGAAGGAGGUGCAGAUGAACUUCCUCAACCAGUUGACAUCAGUCUUUAACCCCAGAGUCUCAUCAUCACCAUCCAUCACACAAGAGACACAGGUGGAAGGAGAGAAUGAGGAUCAAGCUGCCACGGAUCAAACCUCUGCAGCAAAGACCAAAAGCAUAUUCAUUGCUCAGAAUGUGGCCAGCCUGCAAGAACUUGGUGGCUCUGAAAAGCUGCUGCGAGUUUGCCUGAACCUGCCAUACUUCCUGAGAUACAUCAACAGGUUUCAGGAUGCUGUGUCAGCCAACUCCUUCUUCAUCAUGCCAGCCACGGUGGCCGAUGCCACCGCUGUGCGCAACGGGUUCCACUCCCUGGUGAUAGAUGUGACCAUGGCACUGGAUACUCUUUCUCUGCCUGUGUUGGAGCCCCUGACUCCCACACGUCUCCAAGACGUGACUGUUCUUGCUCUCAGCUGUCUCUAUGCAGGUGUGAGCGUGGCCACCUGCAUGGCCAUCCUGCACGUGGGCAGCACUCAACAGGUACGAACCGGGUCCACAAGUUCCAAAGAAGAAGAUUAUGAAAACGAUGCUGCUACUAUUGUACAGAAAUGUCUUGAAAUCUAUGAAAUGAUUGGGCAAGCCAUCAGCAAUUCACGCCGUGCAGGGGGUGAGCAUUAUCAGAACUUCCAGCUGCUCGGGGCUUGGUGUUUGCUGAACAGCCUCUUCCUCAUCUUGAACCUCAGCCCCACGGCCUUGGCUGAUAAGGGAAAGGAGAAGGAUCCACUGGCUGCUCUUCGUGUCAGAGACAUUAUUGCUCGUACUAAGGAGGGUGUUGGGUCUCCCAAACUAGGACCUGGGAAAGGGCACCAAGGGUUUGGUGUGCUGUCGGUGGUGCUGGCAAAUCAUGCCAUCAGAUUGCUGUCAUCGCUCUUCCAAGAUCUGCAAGUGGAGGCAUUGCACAAGGGCUGGGAGAGUGAUGGUCCCCCAGCAGUGCUGGAUAUCAUGGCUCAAAGCACGUCCAUCCAGAGGAUUCAGCGGCUCAUAGACUCUGUGCCACUCACUAAUCUGCUGCUGACUUUGCUCUCCACUUCCUACAGAAAGGCCUGUGUCCUGCAGCGCCAGAGGAAGGGCUCCAUGAGCAGCGACGCGAGUGCCUCCACUGACUCCAACACCUACUAUGAGGAUGAUUUCAGCAGCACUGAGGAGGACAGCAGCCAAGAUGAUGACAGUGAACCCAUCCUUGGGCAAUGGUUUGAAGAGACAAUCUCUCCAAGUAAAGAGAAGGUGGCCCCACCACCACCCCCUCCACCACCUCCUUUGGAGAGCUCACCAAGGGUGAAAAGCCCCAACAAACAGAGUGGUGGAGAGAAUGGGAACAUUCUGGCCAGUCGCAAGGAUCCAGAACUGUUUUUGAGCCUAGCUUCAAACAUUUUGAACUUUAUCACUUCUUCAAUGCUGAACUCCAGGAAUAACUUCAUUCGCAACUACCUGAGUGUAUCUCUGUCGGAGCAGCACAUGGCAACACUGGCCAGCAUCAUCAAGGAGGUGGACAAGGAUGGGCUUAAGGGCACGUCAGAUGAGGAGUUUGCUGCUGCGCUCUAUCACUUCAACCAUUCCCUGGUGACCUCAGAUCUUCAGUCCCCUGCCCUGCAGAACACACUUCUUCAGCAGCUGGGAGUUGCCCCUUUUUCUGAAGGUCCGUGGCCUCUCUACAUCCACCCUCAAAGUUUGUCGGUGCUCUCGCGACUUCUCUUGAUUUGGCAGCAUAAAGCCACUGCCCAGGGAGAUCCUGAUGUUCCAGAAUGCCUUAAAGUCUGGGAAAGGUUUGUGGGCACCCUGAAGCAAAAUGCCUUGCAGGGGACUGUCCCCAGUGACACAGAAGAUCUGAAUGUGGAACAUCUCCAGCUGCUGCUGCUUAUUUUCCACAAUUUCUCAGAGAGGGGCCGCAGGUCCAUCAUGAUGCUCUGUAUCCAGACAAUUGUGGAGUUGACAGCAAACAUGGAGACCCAGCAGUGUUCUGUGCCACUCAUCGUGGCACGGCUGCUCUUGGUGUUUGACUACCUGCUCCAUCAGUAUUCCAAAGCUCCCAUGUACCUGUUUGAACAGGUACAGUAUAAUUUGCUGACUCCACCCAUUGGCUGGGGGAGUGGAUCCCAGGACAGUGGCAGACGAACGUCUGUCCCACUUUAUCAUGGCUUUAAAGAAGUGGAAGAAAACUGGACCAAACACUGUUCUUCAGACUCAGUUCCACAGCCCAGGUUCUACUGCAUCCUGUCUCUAGAAGCUUCUGAGGAUGAUCUGAACCGUCUGGACAGCACGGUUUGUGAGGUCCUUUUCUCCAGGGCUACGAAGUACGAUGAGCUUUAUGCAGCCCUGACUUCAUUGCUUGCAGCUGGGUCCCAGUUUGAUACGCUCAGGAGGAGGGAGAACAAAACUGUCACAGCACUGGAAGCCUGUGCCCUUCAGUACUACUUCUUGAUCCUGUGGCGGAUACUGGGGAUUUUGCCUCCCUCCAAAAGCUACAUGCACCACUUGGCCAUGAACACGCCUGAGAUGAGCGACUGUGACCUCCUGCACACACUGCGCUGGUCUUCCCGCCUGCAAAUCCCUUCUUAUGUCACAUGGAUCAAGGAUCACCUUGUCAGGCAGGGCAUGAAAGCUGAACAUGCUGCUCCUCUCGUCGAACUGACCUCCAGUAAGUGCAUCUCAGUGAAGUACGACGUGGAAAUAGCUGAGGAGUACUUUGCUCGACAGAUAUCUUCUUUCUGUGCUGUUGACUGCACAACUAUUCUCCAGCUGCACGAAGUUCCCAGUUUACAGUCCAUUUACACCCUUGAUGCUGCAAUUUCCAAGAUUCAGGUUUCUCUAGAUGAGCACUUUUCCAAGUUAGCUGCGGAAACUGAUCCCCACAAAUCCUCAGAGAUAACCAAGAACCUCCUUCCUGCUACUCUGCAGCUCAUUGACACCUAUGCUACGUUUACCAGAUCUUACUUGCUCCGGAGCCUGUCUGAAGAGGGCUCCACGGACAACAAACCCUCUGAGGAGAAGCUCCAGGGUUACGCUGCUGUCCUGGCCAUCGGGUCCAGCCGCUGCAAGUCCAACACUCUAGGGCCAGCACUUGUUCAGAACUUGCCUUCAGCUGUGCAGACUCUGUGUGAGUCAUGGAACAACAUUCACACCAACGAGUUUCCAAACAUUGGCUCAUGGCGCAAUGCCUUUGCCAAUGACACGAUCCCUGCGGAAAGCUACAUCAGUGCUGUCCAGGCUGCCCACCUGGGCACCCUCUGCAGCCAAACCCUGCCUCUGGCAGCUUCCCUGAAGCACACCCUGCUGUCCCUGGUCAGGCUCACCGGGGAUCUCAUUGUCUGGUCAGAUGAUCUGAACCCACCUCAAGUAAUUCAUUCCCUACUGCCCCUCCUUCUGGAGACCAGCACAGAGAGUGUGGCAGAAAUCAGCAGCAACUCCCUGGAGAGGAUCUUGGGCCCUGCAGAGUCAGAUGAAUUCCUGGCACGUGUUUAUGAGAAGUUGAUCACAGGAUGCUACAACAUCCUGGCCAAUCACUCUGAUCCAAACAGUGGUCUGGAUGAGUCCAUCUUGGAGGAAUGUUUGCAGCAUCUGGAGAAGCAGCUGGAGAGCAGCCAGGCCCGAAAAGCCAUGGAGGAAUUCUUUUCAGAAAGUGGAGAACUGGUGCAGAUCAUGAUGGCAACAGCCAAUGAGAACCUCUCAGCCAAAUUCUGUAACAGGGUGCUGAAAUUCUUCACCAAGCUCUUCCAGCUGACUGAGAAGAGCCCCAACCCCAGCCUGCUGCGACUCUGUGGCUCUUUGGCUCAGCUGGCCUGUGUGGAGCCUGUCCGGCUCCAGGCCUGGCUGACCCGGAUGACCAUGUCCCCACCCAAAGACUCAGACCAGCUGGACAUUGUGCAGGAGAACAGGCAGCUCCUGCAGCUCCUGACAACUUACAUCGUUCGGGAAAACAGCCAAGUGGGAGAAGGUGUGUGCACUGUUCUGCUGAGUACUCUGAUACCAAUGGCAACAGAGAUGUUGGCCAAUGGUGAUGGCACAGGCUUUCCUGAACUGAUGGUCGUGAUGGCAACUUUGGCCAGUGCAGGACAAGGUGCAGGACACCUCCAGCUUCAUGGUGCUGCUGUGGAUUGGCUGAGCAGAUGCAAGAAAUACCUGUCUCAAAAGAAUGUGGUAGAAAAAAUGAAUGCCAAUGUCAUGCAAGGGAAGCACGUGACUAUCCUGGAGUGCACCUGCCACAUCGUCUCUUACCUGGCCGACGUCACCAACGCCCUGAGCCAGAGCAGUGGCCAGGGGCCCAGUCACCUGUCCGUGGAUGGGGAGGAGCGGGCCAUCGAGGUGGACUCUGACUGGGUGGAAGAGUUGGCAGUGGAGGAGGAGGACUCCCAGGCUGAGGAUUCGGAUGAAGAUUCUCUCUGUAAUAAACUCUGUACCUUCACCAUCACACAGAAAGAAUUCAUGAAUCAACAUUGGUACCACUGUCACACUUGCAAGAUGGUUGAUGGGGUUGGUGUUUGCACAGUUUGUGCUAAAGUUUGUCACAAGGAUCAUGAGAUUUCUUACGCCAAAUAUGGGUCGUUCUUCUGUGACUGUGGAGCCAAGGAAGAUGGCAGCUGCCUGGCUUUGGUGAAGAGAACCCCCAGCAGUGGGAUGAGCUCUACCAUGAAAGAAUCCGCCUUCCAGAGUGAGCCCAGGGUGCCUGAGAGUGUCAUUCGCCAUGCCAGCACCUCCCCUGCUGAGAAAGCCAAGGUCACCAUCAGUGAGGGGAAGGGCCCUGACGAAGAAAAACCCAAGAAGAGCAGCCUGUGCAGAAACGUUGAGGGCUGUCGAGAGGAGCUGCAGUCCCAGGCCAACUUCUCCUUUGCACCUUUGGUGCUAGAGAUGCUGAAUUUCCUGAUGGAUGCCAUCCAGAUCAACUUCCAGCAAGCUUCAGCCAUGGGGAGCAGCAGCCGUGCCCAGCAAGCUCUCAACGAGCUCCAUACUUUGGACAAGUCAGUAGAAAUGACAGACCAGUUGAUGGUGCCAACUCUCGGCUCUCAAGAAGGUGCUUUUGAGAACGUGCGCAUGAACUACAGCGGGGACCAGGGCCAGACGAUCCGGCAGCUGAUCAGCGCCCACGUGCUGCGGCGCGUGGCCAUGUGUGUGCUGUCCUCCCCGCACGGCCGGCGCCAGCACCUGGCUGUGAGCCACGAGAAGGGCAAGAUCACAGUCCUUCAGCUCUCAGCAUUGCUGAAACAAGCUGACUCCAGCAAAAGAAAACUGACCCUCACCCGCCUGGCGUCCGCCCCCGUUCCCUUCACUGUCCUGAGCCUCACUGGGAAUCCCUGCAAGGAGGACUAUCUGGCUGUGUGUGGACUGAAAGACUGCCAUGUAUUAACAUUCAGCAGCUCUGGAUCAGUCUCUGAUCAUUUGGUACUUCAUCCCCAACUAGCCACUGGGAAUUUCAUCAUCAAAGCUGUGUGGCUGCCAGGAUCUCAAACAGAGCUUGCCAUUGUGACUGCAGACUUUGUGAAGAUUUAUGAUCUCUCUGUAGACGCCUUGAGUCCAACUUUCUACUUCCUCCUACCAAGUUCCAAAAUCAGGGAUGUCACUUUCCUUUUCAACGAGGAAGGGAAGAACAUCAUAGUGAUCAUGUCCUCAGCUGGGUACAUCUAUACACAGCUCAUGGAGGAGGCCAGCAGUGCCCAGCAUGGACCAUUCUAUGUCACCAAUGUGCUGGAAGUCAACCACGAGGACCUGAAGGACAGCAAUGGCCAGGUGGCAGGAGGAGGGGUGUCAGUGUAUUACUCCCAUGUGCUGCAGAUGUUGUUCUUCAGCUACUGUCAAGGCAAAUCCUUUGCAGCCACCAUCAGCAGGGCCAGCCUGGAAGUGCAGAGGCUAUUCCCAAUCAACAUCAAGAGUUCUAAUGGUGGGAGUAAGACUUCUCCAGCCCUGUGUCAGUGGUCGGAGGUGAUGAACCAUCCUGGCUUGGUGUGUUGUGUUCAGCAAACCACAGGUGUCCCGCUGGUGGUGAUGGUGAAGCCAGACACCUUCCUCAUCCAAGAGAUUAAAACCUUGCCAGCCAAAGCAAAGAUCCAGGACAUGGUGGCCAUCCGUCACACAGCCUGCAACGAGCAGCAGAGGACCACCAUGAUCCUGCUGUGUGAGGAUGGCAGCCUGAGGAUCUACAUGGCCAACGUGGAGAACACCUCGUACUGGCUCCAGCCCUCGCUCCAGCCCAGCAGCGUCAUCAGCAUCAUGAAGCCCGUCCGCAAGCGCAAGGCAGCUGCCAUCACAACUCGCACAUCCAGCCAAGUGAACUUCCCCAUUGACUUCUUUGAACACAACCAGCAGCUCACAGAUGUGGAGUUUGGAGGCAAUGACCUGCUGCAGGUGUACAAUGCUCAGCAGAUAAAGCACCGCCUCAAUUCCACGGGCAUGUACGUGGCCAACACAAAGCCUGGGGGUUUCACCAUCGAAGUGACAAACAAUAACAGCACAAUGGUGAUGACGGGCAUGCGGAUCCAGAUCGGCACCCAGGCCAUAGAACGAGCUCCCUCCUACCUGGAGAUCUUUGGCCGCACCAUGCAGCUCAACAUGACCAGGGCCCGUUGGUUUGACUUCCCCUUCACCCGGGAGGAAGCCUUGCAGGCUGACAAAAAACUCACCGUCUUCAUUGGGGCUUCUGUGGAUCCUGCUGGAGUCACCAUGAUGGAUUCCAUAAAAAUUUAUGGCAAAACCAAAGAACAGUUUGGAUGGCCUGAUGAGCCCCCCGAGGACUUCCCAUCUGCUUCAGUGAGCAAUGUUUGUCCCCCAAACCUGAAUCAAGGGAAUAGCACUGGAGACACAGAGUCAGCUGCCCCUGCUGCUGCCAGUGGGACUGUCCUGGAGAGUUCUGACACUGAGUCCCUAACCACCCUGGACCGGCUAGUAGUGAGUUCUUUAGAAGCACUGGAAAGCUGCUUUGCUGUAGGACCAGUCAACGAGAAGGAGAAGAAUAAGAUUGCAGCUCAGGAACUGGCUACGAUGCUGCUGUCCAUGCCAGCUCCUUCCAGCGUGCAGCAGCAAACCAAGAGCCUCUUGGCCAGCUUGCACACCAGUCGCUCAGCCUACCAUAACCACAAGGAUCAAGCACUGCUAAGCAAAGCCAUUCAGUAUUUGACUUCCUCAACCAAAGAAGGAAAGGACCUUGAUCCUGAAGUAUUCCAGAGGCUGGUCAUCACUGCUCGAUCCAUUGCUAUUAUGAGACCCAGCAAUCUGGUCCACUACACUGAAUCAAAGCUGGAAACAGAGAGUGAAGAAGGGCAAGAGGUCCAGAAACACGUGGAAGGAGAGGGCUGCACGUUUAUUACCCAGCUGGUGAACCACUUCUGGAAGCUCCAUGCAUCAAAACCCAAAAACGCCUUCCUGGCCCCUGCCUGCCUGCCAGGUCUCACUCAUGUUGAAGCCACAGUCAAUGCUUUGGUGGAUAUUAUCCAUGGAUACUGCACGUGUGAGCUGGAUUGUAUCCAUACAGCAUCCAAGAUCUACAUGCAGAUGUUACUUUGCCCGGAUCCAGCAGUGAGCUUUUCUUGCAAACAAGCUUUGAUCAGAGUGCUGAGACCACGGAACAAGCGGAGACACGUCACUUUGCCAUCCUCCCCUCGCAGCAACACUCCCAUGGGAGAUAAGGAUGAUGAUGACGAUGACGACGCAGAAGACAAGCUGCAGAGUUCUGGGAUAGCAAAUGGUGAGCACAUCCGACAGGAGAGCCAGGAGCAGAGUGAAGUUGACCACGGGGACUUCGAGAUGGUGUCUGAAUCCAUGGUUCUGGAGACUUCUGAGAAUGUGAAUAAUGGGAACCCUUCUCCACUGGAGGCUCUUCUGGCUGGAGCAGAGGGAUUCCCUCCUAUGCUGGAUAUCCCUCCAGAUGCAGAUGAUGAGACGAUGGUGGAAUUGGCUAUUGCCCUGAGCCUGCAGCAAGAUCAGCAAGGGAGCAGCAGCAGUGCCCUUGGACUGCAGAGCUUGGGACUGUCUGGCCAAGCCCCCAGUUCCUCUUCUCUCGAUGCCGGGACGCUCUCGGAUACAACAGCAUCAGCUCCAGCAUCUGACGACGAGGGCAGCACAGCUGCCACCGACGGCUCAACCCUGCGGACGUCGCCCGCGGAGCACGGCGGGAGCGUGGGCUCGGAGAGCGGCGGCAGUGCCGUGGACUCCGUGGCUGGGGAGCACAGCGUGUCUGGCCGAAGCAGUGCCUAUGGGGACACGACUGCUGAGGGCCACCCGGCUGGGCCAGGCAGUGUCAGCUCGAGCACAGGCGCCAUCAGCACCACCACGGGCCAGCAGGAGGGAGAGGGCUCUGAAGGGGAAGGGGAGGCUGAGGGGGACGUCCACACCAGCAACAGGCUGCACAUGGUGCGACUGAUGUUGCUGGAGAGGCUGCUGCAGAAUUUACCUCAGCUGAGGAAUGUUGGAGGGGUCCGAGCCAUCCCUUACAUGCAGGUAAUUCUGAUGCUCACAACAGACCUAGAUGGAGAUGAUGAGAAAGAUAAGGGAGCUUUGGAUAACCUUCUGUCCCAGCUGAUUGCAGAGCUGGGCAUGGACAAAAAGGAUGUGUCUAAGAAAAACGAGCGCUCUCCUGUGAACGAAGUGCACUUGGUGGUGAUGAGGCUACUCAGUGUGUUCAUGUCCAGAACCAAGUCAGGAUCCAAGACUUCCAUUUGUGAG